CUGCUCUCGCAGUGUGCCUCCCACUCAGAUUUCAUCCUCGGCCUCGUCUCCAAGCCAAGUAACCUCACCCCCAGCCUCCCAUGGUCGCCUCGAGAUCUUAGCAGGCAGCGCCGGAGAGCGCCGACGAGCCCCCCGAUCCCUCCUCGCCGCCGCCGCCAACCGACCGGGGGAGGAGAGGAGGGGAGGGGAGGGGAGCGAUGGAGGCGGCCAACUACUCCGGAAAGCUCUUCGUCGGCGGCAUCUCGUGGGAGACGGACGAGGACCGCCUCCGCGAGUACUUCGGCGGCUUCGGGGAGGUCACCGAGGCCGUCAUCAUGCGGGACCGCAGCACGGGCCGCGCUCGUGGGUUCGGGUUCGUGGUCUUCUCCGAUGCGUCGGUGGCGGAGCGGGUGACCAUGGACAAGCACAUGAUCGACGGGCGCAUGGUGGAGGCAAAGAAGGCCGUUCCCAGGGACGACCACAGUAUCGUGAGCAAGAGCAAUGCCAGCAGCAUAGGGUCACCUGGACCGGGCCGUACUAGAAAGAUCUUUGUUGGAGGUUUGCCCUCAAAUGUCACAGAGGCUGACUUCAGAAGGUACUUUGAGCAAUUCGGUGUCAUAACCGAUGUGGUUGUGAUGUAUGACCACAACACGCAGAGGCCGAGGGGCUUUGGAUUCAUCACCUAUGAUUCAGAAGAUGCUGUGGACAAAGCUCUGCACAAGAGCUUCCAUGAGCUGAAUGGUAAAAUGGUUGAGGUCAAGAGGGCUGUUCCAAAAGAGCAGUCUCCUGGACCUGUUGCACGCUCGCCUGCGGGAGCAGGGCAGAGCUAUGCUAUGAACCGCUUCCUGAAUGGCUUCAACCAGGGUUACAACCCGAACCCCAUAGGAGGCUAUGGCAUGAGGGUGGAUGGAAGGUAUGGCCUGCUUUCAGGUGCACGGAAUGGGUUCUCUUCUUUUGGCCCAGGUUUUGGGAUGGGCAUGAAUGUUGAAGGUGGGAUGAGCGGAACUUUUGGUGCAAACUCAGGUUUCAUCAACAGUUCCAAUGGGAGGCAAAUGGGUUCGUACUACAAUGGAAGUUCGAACAGAUUGGGUAGUCCUAUUGGGUACCUUGGCCUCAAUGAUGAUUCAGGAUCAAUGUUGAGUUCAAUGUCUAGGAAUGUUUGGGGUAAUGGGAGUCUAAACUACCCGAGCAAUCCUACAAACAUGAAUGCUUUUGCUUCACCUGGAAAUGGAGGUCAAGUCGGUAUUACUGGUGACAAUUGGGGAGGUCUCCCUUCUGCUCAUGCGAUGGGCAACAUUUCAAGCCUUGGGUCAGGGAACCUUGGCCGUGGAGCUGGAGAUAAUAACUUUGGUUUGCCUUCUGGCAGCUAUGGGAGGAGCAACUCAACUGGUACAAUUGGUGAACCUUUCUCUGCAUCAGGCAAUACAUAUGAAGUGAACAACCCUGAUACAUAUGGUAGCAGCUCUAUUUAUGGUGGCACAGCCUGGAGGUUUGCAUCAUCUGAGGUUGACAUACCUUCUUUUGGCCAUGAUCUUGGAAAUAUUGAUCCAAAUAUCAAAUCAGACGUAUCAGCAAGUUACAUGGGCAACUAUACUGUUAACAACAAUCAGCCAAGCAGAGGUAUCACUUCCUAGGGAGAGUAUUACUACUAUAUUCAUAUAUGACUUGGAAUAGAUGAAACACCCAUUCUCUCAGGCAUCCAGGUGCAUGGGCGUGAAUCGGUGUUUGUCAGAUUAAUAUACAGGUUAGUUUUGUCUAGCUAACCAGCGGUGUGGUUUACGAACACCAACAUGCUAGAGGAGGCGCGGAUACAGAAACAUUUUGUGAAGGUUUUCUCUUUUUGGGGUCAUGUUUUAGUUUAAAUUUCCGUACGGCGUGGUUAGGCCUUUUCGUUUUUGAUGAAUGAGAUGUGCAGUGGUGAUUAUUGCGGCACAUAUUUAGAAGUCGGUCGUGUUCCAACAUAAGCUGGAAAAAGGUGUCUGUCUGUAUACGGAUGAACAUGUAUACCAACCAAAGGGAUGCUGUAUUAUGUUGCCCAUUUGUUACUACAUUAGCUCGCGUGUUUUGGGCCUGUUUUUAACCA